CGGCUGCGAUGGAAGCGAUAGCUGCCACGUGGCCAACCGCCACGGCCUCGUGGGUGUCCGGGGAGUUGUGUGACACGUGGCUGGGAGUGGUGUGCGACGGCGACGGCUACGUGACGCAGCUUGACCUCAGCGAUCAAGAUUUGGAGGGAACGAUUCCCACCGCUUCGAUUGCCUCGCUAGUCACAUUAGUAGAACUCAAGCUGCACGACAACUCAAUCGAGGAUGAUUUACCAGCCGGUUUUGGCUCACUGACUGCGCUCAGCAUACUGACUCUGGGUCGCAAUGAAAUCACCGGCUCCAUCCCCACUGGCUACUCCCAGCUGCAGAAGCUCAGAUUUCUUCUCCUCAGUGACAACCGCCUUUCAGGGCAGGUGCCAUCGGAACUUGGAGCUCUCACUGACCUUGAAGCCCUCGACCUGAGCAAGAAUUGGCUGUCUGGCAGCAUACCCAAAGAGGUCAUCGCUCUUCCCAACCUCAUGUACUUUGACAUAUCCAAUAACGAGUUCUCAGGCCCCCCACCCACGGGAUUUGCCAGCACCUCCUUUCAGUCCACCUCUGAGGCCACAUACAACAUCGAGAGAAACUAUUUCAACGGCUCGGCCAAAGUCAAGAUCACAGCGGGCAGCGGAACAAUUUCUUUCUGCCCGAAUGCACUCCAAGGGGGAUUCGCCCAAUCAGCACUUCUGGCCUACAGCCCGUCUUUGUAUGGGUCUAUGAGAGGAAACUGCAUGGUAACGUCUGGAACUGGGCCAUGCGCAUCAGACAAGCAGCGGAGGUCCACAUCUGAUUGUUUGGCGUUUUGUGGCGCGAGCACUGCUGCAGGGCCGUGCGGCGGGCACGGGCGGUGUUAUUUGUCCGGAACUUCGCGCAUCCCGACGUGUGAAUGUGAUACAGACUAUAACCCGUAUAUUGCGACACAGAGUGGGGUUGCGUACCCCUCAUGCAGCACGGCUGUUGUGGCUAACCCACCCCCGCCGCCCCCGCCUCCCCCACCAGAAGACCCUGAUAAGCGCAAGCCUGGCCUCAAGGAUACGGACUACCAAGCUGUCGCAACCAAGCCUCUUGUCAAUUUCAACAAGUACUUUCGCUACGUGAGCCUGGGAUACAGUGGUACAGCCACAAAGCCUGCAUGGACGUACAAGACUGCGGUGGACUGGCGCACCCAGACCGUCAGCAGGCAGAAACGGACCGUCGUGGGGCCCACGGUCGACCAGGGCACGUGCGCUGCGUGUUGGGCAUUGGUGCCAGUAGCAGCGAUCGAAGCAGCCUACGCCAUUGCGUUCGGAUCGAACCAGCCCAACAUCUCAGGCCAGCACAUUCUCAACUGCCAGGGCACGUGGGAGUGCGUGGGCGGCCUUCCUUCCGACGCCUUCCAGUUUGCAGCCUCGGGGGGCGUGCUGUCUGAGUAUAUGGUGCCGUACACGGGCACCAAGGAUGCAUCCAGCUGUGGGCCGACCCAGAGGAGGAAAUUGGCAGCAUCCUUCCCGCCUGACCUCUGGUUUGAUCAAGCACUAGAGGACCACCUCCAUGCCUCCAUUCAAGACUCUUCGCCACACCAGCUACCACAUCAACAACCAAAACUGCCUUCCUUAACAGAAGGAUCACCAUCUGGCCUUGACUCGUUGGCGAGGCACCACCUGUCAUCAUCCCGCUUCGCUCCUGCACCUCCUGCUCCCGCUGCUCUUCCUUCCACCCGUCCCCCUCCUCCUCCUCCCCCUCCGCCUUCACCUGCGUCCGUUGCUCCCAACCGGCUCCCAGCAAAACCAAGCAGAAGAAUCUCCCAGCCUGCAUUUGAAUCGUCUCUGCUCCACCCUCCUCCGCUACCCCCUCUUCCUCCAUCCUCCCUCUUCUCCUCCCGCUUCACCUCCAUCCUCACCUCCUUCUUCCACAUUCCUCACGCCCGCAUCCUCCAAUCAUCACCAAUUUCCUCCUCCUCCUCUCGCUCAUCCUCCAUCGGUCUACUCAAAAAGAAGGCAAAGAAAAAGCCCCCCCCUGCCCCGGCUGCCCAGCCGGUCCCGGGGCCGUACCGGGUCGCCAUGUUCGAACAGGUGGCGGUGUCUGGUUGGCUUGGAAUGGUGAUUGCGCUGCAGGCGCAGCCCAUCAUUGCAAACAUAGAGGCGGAUCAGGCUUCCUUCAUUGAAUAUGCUGGGGGCUACAUCUAUGCGGAUCCGGACUGCUUCAUCAACGGCGUGGUGAAUCACAUAGUGCUGCUCGUGGGCUACAGCAUGGCUGGUUCCACGCCCUACUUCAUUGCGCAAAACACCUGGGGAGCCACCUGGGGGGUGGGCGGCUUCAUGCAGAUGGCCAUUGCAUCAGGUGACGGCAUCUGUGGCAUCAAUACCUCUCCCGCUCUCUACCCUGUGGUCCGGGGUCCCAACCCUUGUGUGCCGAACCCGUGUGGGAGCGGCACGUGCAGUGCCGGCAGGGGCCCGGGGGGAUACACGUGCAAGUGCAAGACGAAUUUCAUUGUGGGGAAGAAUAUCGACCAAUCACCUGUGUGCAUACCACUGAAGCCGUGCUCUCUGAACGCGGUCAACCCCUGCCAGGUGGGCACGUGUCUGGACGACGCCAGAGGGGGCUACAGCUGCAUCUGCCCGCCGGGCUUCUUCUUUGAUACCCGGCCCGACAACACGCCCUCCUGCAUCCUCGGCCCCACACCCGAUGAAAUCAAGGUUGUUCCCGGGCUCACAUGCGACCUGGUCAUGUCUAUCUAUGGCAUCACCCUCACCAACUUUACCCAGCUUAACCCGGAUCUGAACUGCAAGAAGCUCAAACUAGGCGAUGACAUCCAUAUCGGCGACACCAACCCAUGUGCCACGCCCUAUACGGUCACUUCUCAAACCAGUACGUGUGCAUCCAUAGCCGCAGCAUUCAACAUCACCACGGUUGAGCUGCAGGAGCGCAACCACGAGCUCAAAUGCAAUAAGGCGCUGCAGAUUGGGCAGCAGGUGUGUGUGGUGAGGGGCACAGCCGACCUGCCUGUGUGCCAGGAGUAUGUGACUGUAGCAGAGGGAGACACGUGCGACACUAUAAUGAGGUCUGCGCGGCCGCCGCUGACCAGCCAGGAGUUCUAUGCGCUGAAUCCGGGCAUCAACUGCAACGUGGGGGACCAGAGUCUGCUGGGGCAGCAGAUCUGUACCCGUGGUGGGCAAUCGAGUGUCUUGCUGGGUGCUUCAAAAUGUGUUACAAAGGCGUAUUAUACUGUUGUCACCGCAACAGCGGUCGAGAGCCAACCGACGCUCUUCCAAGCAAUUGACUUCAAGAAGCUUCAAAACGGAAGUGACAUAAGAGGAGUGGCUAUUCCGGGGGUGGAGGGCGAACCUGUGACACUAACGGAGCCCGCAGCAGAGGCCAUAGGCGCAGCCUUCGCUCAGUUCUUGAAGGGGAAGAAGGAGCAGGCGGGGGAGAAGGCUGACGGGCAGCUGAGCGUGUCCAUCGGACACGAUUCGAGAGUGUCGGCUGAUGUGAUCACGGCAGCAGUGGCGCGCGGGUUAGCAGGCGAGGGCGUGAAGGUGGUUCGGUUCGGCCUGGCGUCGACACCGGCCAUGUUCAGCAGCACCGUCACAGAGGAUGCCAGCCUGCACUGCCCCAACGACGGUGGCAUCAUGAUCACAGCCAGCCACCUCCCCUUCAACCGCAACGGGCUUAAGUUCUUCACAGCAAAGGGCGGCGCCAACAAGGCGGAUAUCGCGGCUAUUCUCGCAUCUGCCGCCCAGAUCUACGAGUCCAUGUCAGCAGAAUCCGUGCGGGCCAAUCAGGAGAAGGCGGAGAAGCAGACGGUGCAUGUGGAUUAUAUGAAGAGAUACGCUGCAGAUCUGGUUGACGCUGUCAGAAAGGCUGCCAAGGCUGGAGAUCGUCCAUUGGAGGGUUACCACAUCGUUGUUGAUGCUGGUAACGGCGCAGGAGGCUUCUUUGCUGCAGGGGUGCUGGAGCCUCUAGGAGCCAACACUGCUGGCAGUCAGUUCCUUGAACCCGAUGGCCUGUUUCCGAACCACAUUCCGAACCCAGAGGACAAGGCAGCUAUGGAGGCGAUCACAGGGGCGGUGCUGAGGGAGAAGGCGGACCUUGGGAUCAUCUUUGACACUGACGUGGACAGAGCUGCCGCCGUUGAUUCGUCCGGCAGGGAGAUCAACCGCAACCGUCUGAUUGCUCUGAUUGCAGCGAUCGUGCUCGAGGAGCACCCGGGCACCACGAUAGUCACGGACAGUGUGACAUCUGAUGGGCUGACCACAUUCAUUGAAUCUAAGCUCGGGGGCAAGCACCUGAGGUUCAAGCGGGGCUAUAAGAAUGUGAUUGAUGAGGGCAUCAGACUGAACUCGGUGGGGGAGGAGUGCCAUCUUGCCAUGGAGACCAGUGGGCAUGGUGCCCUUAAGGAGAACAGAUGGCUGGAUGAUGGCGCUUACCUCAUGGUGAAGCUGCUGGUGAAACUCGCAUCGGCAGCAGGCAAAGGGGAGGCGAAGGGUAGCGCCGUGCUGACGCGAAUGAUAGAGGACCUGGAGGAGGCUGACGAGGCAACGGAGGUUCGGCUCCGAAUCAACCAGGACCAUGCUGACGUGGCACCCAUAGGGUUCCGUGCGUACGGGGAGAAGGUUCUAGAGGCGCUCGCAGCCACAGUGGAGGGUGACGCUGCCCUUUCCAAGGCCCCUGUCGAUUAUGAGGGCGCGCGUGUGUCUGGGUUCGGUGGAUGGUUCCUGCUCCGCCUGUCUCUCCAUGACCCCGUCUUGCCACUCAAUAUUGAGCCACUUCUGGAUUCAAAUGGUGGGGAAGAGGGGGCAAGGGAAGCAGCGGAACGAGAGAUCGUAGCGGAUACGAAACAGUCGAUGGCGGAGGGAGGGAAACGCGGGAAUCGCGUGGGUCCGGAAAUGAGGGCGGAUGGCGGGGCUCAGGCGGGGCGGGAGGUGGAGGAGGAGGGGGAAGUGGCGGAGGAGGUGGGGGAGGGGGUGGAAGAGGCGGAGGAGGUGGGGGAGGGGGCGGCGCGGGUGGGGGAGGGGGUAGCGGAAUGGGAAGCGGGCGGGGAGGUGGGAGCGGAAACGAGGGUUCAGGGUUUGGAGGGUUUGGAAGCUUCCCACCAUCUUCCUUACCUCGCCUCAGCCCGCUGA